CUGGAAAUUCAAGCGAUUGAGAGCAAAAGAAACAAUCAGCUGAGCCUGACGGUUGGUGACAAGAUCUGGUCGUUCCUGACCAAUGAGGACCCAGGCAGUUCGGAGGUGGAUGCGAUGGUGCAGGCGUUGGCCACUGCCAUCCGGAACAUCUUCCCUACAGUGCCUCUCACGCACAUUAUUCGCAAAGUGGAGGUAGUGCCGGCGAAACGUAUAGCACACCUACGAGAAUCUGAGUUCACCCGAGCAUCAGAGGUGCGUGGGUUGGGACCUUGUGAUGGCUUCUCCACGCAGUAUGCGUGUAUGUGCGACUACCACACCAUGCCAUACAGAGAGGAGGUGGCGUGGGACGUAGACACCAUCUACUUAUCUCAUGACACCAGAGAACUCUGCUUGAGAGAUUUCGAUCACCUUGAUCCCAAGGACCUAGUACCAAUAAUCAGUGCUCUCGAGUACAACACCUGGUUCACCAAGCUACGAGCUAGCCACAUCAAACUGACACAUGAAGCCCUUGACAGGAUACUGCACAUCAUGAAGAAGAAUCUCACCAUAGAGGAGCUGUACCUUGACAAUCUCGCUGUCAAGUGGGAGUUUGCGCACAAGUUGUCGUUGUCUCUCAUCGCCAACAACAAUACUCCCCUACAUACUCUGGAUCUGUCUAACAACAUGAUCGAAGAUAAAGGUGCCUCUAGUUUGUGUGGAAUCGUUGCCAAACUCUGCCAAGGAGCCAGUCACCUGAGCACACCACUCUCCAAGGUAUCCAAGGGUCUGAUACACCUGAACGUGUCACAUUGCAGCCUCACCAGCAAGGGUGUGAACCAACUCGCACACGCUCUGUCCCUCAACAAGCUCAUGCCCAACACCCUCACCUACCUCAACCUCAGUGGCAACAACCUCAAGGAAGAUGUCAAUAACCUUUGUAAUUUUCUGGCUCAGCCAAAUCAAAUCACCCACCUUGAUAUCUCAGGCACAGACUGCACCCUGGAAACUAUAUUUGGCGCAUUAUUGCGUGGCUGUGCCACGAAUCUAGUCCACCUGAAUGUAUCCAAGAAUGCAUUCAGCACCAAAAAGGCCAAAGAAGUGCCUCCAUCAUUCAAACAGUUCUUCACUAGCACUCUGUCCCUCAAGUACCUCAACAUGUCCUACUGCAAGCUGCCUCUUGAGGCACUUAAGAAUCUGUUACUGGGACUGGCUUGUAACGAGUCCACCACUGACAUAGCUCUGGACAUGAGCUGUAAUAACCUGGGCUCGCAGGGGGCACAUGUGCUGGAGUCGUGCAUACACGGCGUGAGAUCCAUCGGGUCCUUGGACAUCAGUGAGAACAACAUGGAUAUGGAUCUGGCAGCUGUGGUUGUAGCAGUCAGUAAGAACAAGUCCAUCAAACAUCUGCACAUGGGUCGUAACAUGGCCAACAUGAAAGCCAAACAUAUUGCGGCCAUCAUGGACGCGCUAGUCACCAUGAUUCAGGAGGAGGAUUGUGUGCUGCAGACACUAGCCAUUCCUGACUCCAGGCUCAAGUCUGAUCUCUACAAUCUGAUCAACGCCCUGGGCAGCAACCAGUGCUUGCAAACCAUUGACUUCAGUGGUAACUUGAUGGGAGAUGCAGGCGCAAGGCUGUUGGCUAAGGCAUUGCAGAUCAACUCCAAGAUACGGAGCAUAACUUAUGACAGAAACAACAUCACGCUUCAGGGUUACGCUGAUCUUGCCUAUGCUCUGGAAAGCAACUACACUGUGAGGUACAUGCCACUGCCACUGUACGACGUCCUGCCAUGUAUGAAGGUCAAUGCUGACAAGACUGACACACUGAUGAGGAAGAUCCAGGAUAUCCUCCAUCGGAACGUUUCACCCAAGAAAUACAGCAACGGGCAGGCUUUCAGGUUACAACAGGGUUUCCUAUUGAGUUCAACCCAGCAGAUGGUGGACAGGCUAGUGCUUCAGACGCAGGAAACAAUACGAACGGUGGCACAGGAGUCCAUGGACAAGAACAACGACAUUAACCAUGCCACCAACCUCAUACAGGAUGCUGACAACUCCAAACAGUUGCUGCCCCGACUGCAUGAGGUGGUUCAGAGGUGGGAGGAGGCGGGAAACCCUAUUGACGUCAAGCUCAAACAAUUAUCGGAGGAACUGCACACUGUUAUCACUAACUACCUUCAGGAUGGCCUGGAGUGUAUGGUGAAGUGUGCAGGGGAACAGUGCCCAACAGUGCUGGCAAGUGAGAGAGUGCAGACUGAGAUACGCAAUACGUGCAGAGAGAAAAACUUCCUCGACCCGUCGUUCACGCAUAAUGCAGUACUGGAGUUGGCGGGCACACACAUCAUGAAUAAGAUCAAUGAACUGAAUCUGGCAGUAGCUGCUCAUGUCUCAGACAGAAUCACGGAUGAAGUCAUUGAAUCACUGUCCAAGUGCCACAAAUCUCUGCUGGGUGAUAUGUCCAAGAAGCGAUCGUCCACUCCAGAUGUACUCCGCACGAUGUCACGUAUCAGCUCCGACUCCUCACGCAAUGAUCCCAGCGAGAGCCUCGCCAUGUCCGAUGCUAGUCAACAGUCCGACCCCUCCCCUAUGGCCACGCCGCACCUGUCCACAAAACGCAAGAGUCUCCAUGGUCGCAAGCUGAGGCCCAAGUCUGUGGUUGACAACAUCGAGGGCAUGUCUGCGGAUGACAUCCCUGACCUCCUACCCUCCCUCCCCACCAGUGCUGAGGAAUCUCUGGACUCUGUGUGUGAACUCCCGCCACCUGCCCAACCACUACAGCACCUGGUGAAAGGCAGGCCUCGACGUGCCAAGACUCGUGCCCCCUCCCGUCCCACCUUACGACCUCCCACCCCUCUUCUGGAGGACACAGUGGACACGUUCUUCAACGUCACUCCCACUACACCACUAAUUUCACCCACUUCUGAAGACAGUGUGAGCUCAAGCCUCUUUCUGGGUGAGAGCGGAGGAGAUGCAACGGGGGACCACAGCCAUAAGGACACGCCCCGCUCUGUGUCCAGUGACAACCUCUCACCCUCACUGCUGCCCCGCCUCGCCCACUCGCCCAUCGCCCGCCGCUUCGCAAGUGUUGACAGUGGGAAAGAUGAUGGCAGUGGGGAGGAGAGUGAUGCGUCACGGUCCAGGAAAAGUAGACAGGAUGGUGAGUGCGAGUGCACAGGCCGGGUUAGGUCCUUGGCAGACUCACUCAGAUCUCCCAGCAAUGGGUUUCCCGCCCCCAAAUCACCAGUCUUCCGUCAAAUCAACGAUACAGGUAUGAGCUGCAAGGGCAGGUCCCCACCUCCACCCCUUGCACCUAAACCUCGCCCUUGGUCUAUGGCAGGCUCUGAUCGCAAGUCAGGGGACUUCUGCGGACUGCUGAGUGACGGCUCGAGCCCCAACACGUCAGCAGCGAACACUCCAGACUCGGGCGAUGCACUGGAGGACGGAGUAGACACAGCCAGCAUCGGCUCAGCCAGUAGUGACAAGCGUUCCGUGCGGGAGUUGGCCGCAAGUCUCAACAAGCACAGUGACAAGAAGCCAGAAUCAAGCAGUCAACCCCUCCACAAGCCCCGGCCUGCCUUCCAUUGUAACCCUACACUGGACAAGGUGGUGUUGACGGCACAUGAUGAGGAGAGUCGACAAAGACUCCUCGCCUUUGCCGCUGCUUCGGCCGCACAACACUUCCACUUUGAUGACUCCGUCGAUGUUUGACGUAUUGCGUAGUGGCGGUCACCAGUACGCAACAGUGCAAUACCUUCAAACUUUUACCACCAUACCGUAAUUUACUGCUAGAUUUUUCAAUACAGUAGCCACUAUAAUUUUUAUAAUUUCCUAGUUACCUAGAUUUAAUUGCUUUGAAAUGUAAGGUUUUUAAGACCAGCUCAAGAAUGGAGUAGGUACGUGCACGCUGACGUAUUAGUGCCUCCCAUUUUGUUUUGUUACAACAGAAACAUUUGAGGAUCUCUGAGUUUUGUCUGUAGUUAUGGAACAUGUCCGUCUAUAUCUCUUUAGUGUGCUGUCAAUGACAAGAUUCCUUAGGGAAUAAAAAUAAUUAAAAAGUUAUGAUGGUUAAAAUUCAAGUUUACCCAGUUAAAAUAAUUAUCACAUAUUUUAAUUACCAUACUCUCUUACCUACUUGAUCAUCUGAAUAACUAGUAUUUGGGAAAAAAAGUAUUCGUCAAAUAAAACACCACAUUUUCUGGGUUUUUACAUUCCAUGGAUUUAGGUUUUUAUGAUAAACCUUGUACAGUGAUAAUUGUUUUCUUUAUUUGUGCAACUCGGUUUGCAGUUAAUUAAAUACUUUAAUAAGUAUUACUAUAUUGUAUUUAAGAUAUUCCAUUCUGGUCAUAAUUUUACGUGAUGUUACUAAAUUGUUAUGUUUACGAGGCAUUGUUUAGUGCUCAUAUUUCAGUGUACAUCGAUUUUUUCUCAAUAUAUUUGUAGGUUGUGCUAUAAAAUAUACAUAGUUGGAGUGUUAAUUAUUAUUCCUGUUUAGAAAAUUAGUAGAAAAUGAAAGUGGCCAAAUUGUGAAGUGAAGCUGAUUAUAAAUGCAACUUUAAGACUCAUGAAUUAUGAUGUGGUUGGUUAGUUGUGCACAUUUAUUGUGUUUAAGGUGUUAGUCUAUAUCAGGCCAGCAAUAAUAGGUUUUUUAUAGUAUUGAGUAACAGAGUUUUUUUGAACUGAUAAAUCCUUUAACUUAUUUAUUAAUUGUGAACAGUUUUUAGUAUAAAACAGGAUCAAACAAUAAAUUUGACAUUGUUACAAAACACAACUAAUAACUUCAGCAUUACUUAAUCAGUAGUGUAGCCAAGCAUUUCAGAAGAAGUUGUAAAAUCUAUGAUUGUGAGUUUAUUGAAGUUUAAAUUAGCUAGUUGGCAACUGUAUGUUGGCUCUAGCGUAGAUUAAUGUUCUCCAAAAAAUUAUAUGUUCUCUUUGAUUAUAUGUUUGGGAACCAGUAUGAGUCCUCCAUACGGGAUUUUAACCCCCAUAACACCUCUUGGCUACAGCACUGUAAUUAAGUAUUGUGUAAUUUGUGUGAAAUCAUUCAUAGCCUGUACCACAUACAGAACAACAAUCUAGCUUACUUUAAUAAACCUGGUUUUACUGAUUAACACGCAAGCAUACACUACUAAUAUACCAAUUUUUUCAGUUUCUGUGAGGAAAAAGUUCUAGGUUUUUACUUUAUAGCCAGAGAAAGUGGGUAGAUCUACUGUUUUGUGAACUUGUUUGUACCCGUUUUUAUGUCUGAGUUUUAUAGAUGUUCGAUGUAUAAUUUGGUGUUGAAUGUGCGAAAACAGUUUCUUUUAAGAACAGUUUGAGUAUUAUUGUCUUUAUAAUAUGUAUGAAUUCAACAGUCGGAACAGAGACCAUGGUAGUUUGUCAUGAUGACAUAGCAAAUUCUGAAAUAAAAAUUCUUGCGCAUUAUUAAUGUCUGUAACGUGCAAACAUGUCAUAUAGUAUUCAAAUUUGAUUUAUGAAAAACAAAGUAACAAUGAAAGCACAAAAUACCAUCUAAACUGGCAUUGGCUUGUCGUACUGUGUGUCUUCUCAGAUGUCAAAUAGGCUUGCAUGUUAAAAGUCAACCGUCAAACCUGACCUUGCCUCCUCAGUUCCUAUUUUCAUCCCAUUUCUGUGAUUAACCUUAUUCAGUAUUACUUUGCGUUUUGUCCUUUUUUAUCUCUCUCUCUCGUAACAAAAAUCUUAAAUGUUUACUGUAUAAUCGCAUUUUUGUAUAUACUUUAAAUUCUCAUAUGCUAACAAAUUCACAUAAUUUCGUGUUAGCCGUAUGAGAUCCAAUAUCUUAAAUUUUUGUAAAUUAUGCAAUUGUUAGAGUUAUGAUUAGUUUAAUGGAUCUAUUAGUUUUAAAACAUUCCAGGGUCUUAAUUUAAACAUGCACCUGUUAAUUUUCAUAAUAAAUCUUAUCACUGUGAUGAAUAAUGCUUCCGUAUGUAAUUUUUUUGUCAUUCAAAAUUUAAAUUGUACUAAUAUCACUUACCAAAAUAUUAUUGUUAUGAGUAUAUAUUCUUUAUCACCAGCAAAGCAGUCAAAUAGAAAAUUGUUGAAAAUAAGUAAUUUUCACCUACAAAAAUAUUAAACUGAUUAAAUUAGAAAAUUUUUAAAACCUUAACUUCAAUACUAACUAUAUUGUGUUUCUAUGUUAUAUUCUAUAUCUAUUUCUAAUAUAUAUAUAUAUAUAUAUAUAUAUAUAUAUAUAUAUAUAUUUAUUAGAAAUAUUCUAAUUUCUAUUCAUUAGAAAUAAAUAUAGGAAUGCACCAACAGGCAGAAAAAUUCACCAAAAGUUCUUUCUAAAUCAUUUUCAUUUUUUUGUUAUAUCUUAUUCCAUGAGUUGAGGUGUAUUGACACACUGCAUACUGACUCACUAAAUCAGUAUCACAAAAAGCAUCAUCAAAAAAAGAAUGAUGAACAAUACUCUGAAAAAUAAGUAAGAACAUUGUGGUCCAUCUAACAACAAUCAAGCAACAUCCAUGGUUUCACUGAAACCAAUAUUUAACAUAAUUGAAAAUUAUUUAUGUACUAAAGAGUUUCUGAAAUUCUUAGCUGCAGGUGUUAAACUGGCAGGGAACAGGUGUUUAGACAAAAAAUCAUGAAAAACCUGGCAAUAACUUCUGCAUUGUGCUAAAAAAUCUGCUUUUGUUUGUGGGCAACUGAGACUUUAAAAUUAAAAAAUCAGUAGCAUUCUAUGUCGGUUUGAAAUUGUAAUAUGUAAUUUUCUCUAUAAGAAGAAACCACAUGUCCUAAAUAAAAUUUUAUCAUGUUGUUUAAAAAUGUAUAACAAUAAGAGAAAUCAAUAAUAUUUAACCUUAUCCCACCUACACUUAGAGGGUAACAUACAUUCAAUUUGGCACCUAAUUUCUUGUUAUAAAGUAGUGUCAUAGGAGAAUAUACAAUUGUUAUAAUAGUUACUAGUGGUUUAUAUGACUCUGGCCAUGAAUUCACUGGUAUGAAUUGUUUAAAUUUUAGAAAAUUUUCACUUGUACCACUACAUCAAUUUUUCUUCCUCCCAGGAUGUGGAGUGUAUGCAGUACACAAUUAUCAGUGUGUGAUAACUCUGUUUUAAGAGUGUUUAAAAUCUGAAUAUAUCAUGACAUGUAUAGUUCAGUAAACAAACAUGAUUUCCUUAGGUGCAUUAUAUUUAUAACACGCCAGCUGAUGCUUGUAUUUUAGAGUGACCUCAAAGUAAAGGACAACAACUUAAAAUUAAAAUAUUUUCAAAUCAGUUUUUCUGUCAGUUCUUGCAGGAAAGUAUUAAACUGAACUGUAUAGAAUAGGCUGAGGUGAAUUUCUUAAAAAAUAAUAGUUUACGACUUUCUAUUGGUUGCGUUGCUUUCAACAAAUGUGAAGAAAUUACCACAAUUAUCACUUUAAAGUUAGAACUUGUAGUUUCUUACUUCUACCAGAGUAAGAAAAUUGAGUCUAGAAUUGUCACCAUGCCAGUUUAACACACACUAAAUACUUUAUUUGCUACAUUGAGAACACACCAACCAAUACUAAUAACUUCAUUUUUGUGAGCCUUUCUAUAUCAAGGCCCUCAUAAAAAUACAAAGUUAUUAGUGUUGGUUGGUGUGUUCUCAAUGUAGUGAAUAAAUUAAGAAUAGCCAAUACAAGCUCCAUCUUCAACACACUAGAUCUGUGUGACUCAUUCACUUGUGAGUAUUUACUUAUUGAGGAAGGUGCAAAACCAACUUCGUAAGCUCAUUCCACAAUGAUAGUCAAACAUUGCUCCCAACUUCACAAUUGAAUUUUUCAAUCUUCACUAAAAGUGUCUUUUAAAACUCUAAUCGAUUUUUGUAAUAUUACAGUUUUAAAUACUGAGUCCUAGGUUAAAAGGUUGUUAGCAUUAUUAUAUUUUGUUGUUACAUUGUAUUUUAGUUUUGUUGUCUUGUUACUGAUAAAUUUCUAUAUUUGUUGUGUUGUAUUUUGAUUUGUUGAUUGUUCAUUUAUUAGUUAUGGUAGCUAUUAAUUUUGAAUUUAGUGAGCAUGUUAUUUUUAGCCAUAUUAUGUCUCAUAGUACUAAAGAUUUAAACUGUAAUCAAGUAAAUAUUUAGCUGUGUAAAUAUACACUGUUGAAAAGACAUUCCACUCUGAAUUCUAACAUCUUGUUUGUAUUUUCAUGUGGUAGCUGUUUCCAAUUUAUCUUAUUGAAGUUCGUACAAUAUUAUUGUAGUAAAAUACAUUUUUUAUAUUGUAUGUUAAUUCUUUUUUUUAAGUAAUAAAUGGAAAUAGCAUUUUACUGAAGUUGAGUCGUCAGCCAGUCAAGUUUCCACAAGAUUGGUAUUUUUAUUUAACAAAAGACACAGUACUUAUACUUUCCUUGUCCUGUAUAGUUAAAAGUAAUAAAGGCACAACAUACAUUAAUGUAUUGAUUUUACUUCGACAACUACAAGGAUAGAAAAAAUAUUUUACAUAAACUGUGAAGUUUGUAAAUUUAACAUCUAGUUAUUUUAUGCACCAAAAUAUUGGAUUAAACCAAUUCUUGGUUGUAUAUACAGUAUUUUUAUAACAUCUAAUAUUGAUGAUUCAACAAAUAACUUUUUUGCACUAAGAAGACAUUAACUAAUGUGUCAUUUUAAUUAUUUUGUAUAAAUAUACAUAGUUUGUAUUAUUUUUCGUUUUCUCAAAUAUAUUUUGUACUUCUCUUAUAAGGCUCCCAAAUUUCUUAUUACUAUUAAAACUAUAGUAGGUCUCGUCAUUGGUAUUAUUUUGCAACAUGUUUUUACAUCUCUACAUGUUUCCAACUAAUUAGAAUAUCAAGAAACUGAAUGGCAGAUAAUUUUUAAUCGAGUUUUUUUGGUGUUUUAUGUCAUACACAUAUUAUCAUUGUCAAAAAUCAUAAUCUUAAAGUUGGGCUACAAAAUAACUUUUCUAAUUGGUUUGCCCUAGACUGUACUCUCUAAACAUCAAUCAUCACAGUAUAUGGGGGUAGAAUAUUUUACUAAGAGUAUCCGUCACAACUUUUAGUAAGUAAAUGCGUUGCUGUAACUUUAACUCUUUCCACAAAAGAGCAAAGGGGUUCUCAUCAUCCACAAAGCUGCACAGCCUUCAAUGACAAGCGGAACAAUUCAGGUCAUUUCAAUAUUUACUUAUAAAUUAUUGUUGGUAAUGCUCAUUUUUGUUUUUAUCUAUGUUAUUUCUUUUAAAAUAUUUAUUCUUGUAGAAUGUAAAAUGGAUAAUAACAUGGAAUUGUCACAAUUACAAAAGUGCUAAACCCUUACUAAUGUAGUAAUGUGUUUUAAUUACAUAUAUGUUGUUCAUGUGUUGAAAAAUAACUUUUCCCAUCAGUUUUGACCAAGUAACCAAGCAAAAUAAAAUCCUGUUUUUUUUUUUUUUUUUUUUUUUUUAUCCAAAUUUAAUAACCGUUUUGUGGGUUAUUUUUGUCUUACGGAUGACUCCCUCUAGACAUUUUAUUCAUUCUAAAAACAGAAAACAAAUAAUUUUUUUAUUCUUAAUUCAUUUUAAAUGUAUUAGAAAUUUUGUAAUGUAGGAUUUUUGUCAAAUAUAUAUAUUAAAGUAUAAAUGUUCAUUUUAUUUAAAUUGUCUCUAAAAAUGCUGUGUAAGAAACAAACGUAAAAUCAUUGGCUCCAGAAUUUAUAAAAAUACUCAUCCUAAUAAUUAAAGAUAUAUGAUAGAAAAAAGUUAUCUUACAUAGACACAGUGGAUAGCGUUAAUGUUAUACAUGCUCUGCAGGUUUAUCAAUGACCUCGAUUUUUUUUCUCUACUUCCAGCUUCAGUUUAAAAAUUUUUCACAAGCUUUUUAUCUCUAUAACAACACAGUCAUUUCAUUAGUAACCAAAUACAUGAUUUUUUUAUGAUUUAUUUAUUUUUUAACUAAAAGUAAUGUUGUAAUUUAUAUUUUAUAAAAUAGUAUGUCUUUUAAAAAGAUAGUGUAUGUAUUGUAUUUAAACAAGAUAUUAUGAGAAUACUCAUAUUAAACUUUUGCCUAUAAACACAUAAAAAAAUUAUAAUUUUAGUAAUAUAACUUUACAACACUGUUUAUAUUUGACAAGUAACACUGUUUGUAUACUACACUGUCUCUGUACCAAAUUUGCCAUAAUUUAAAAAUCAUAACUUUGCCUAAAACUAAUAUUUUAUCACAGUUGGAUUUUUUUUAUAUCUUUACCACCUAAUUCUCUGUUUCUUGACAAAAACAAAUAGUAUUAACACUUUUAUUCAAAUGGAGAAGCCUAACAAAAUGUCUUAUGAAUAGAUUGAGGAAGGUGUAAAACUGAAACCGGAGUGCAUUUAAGUCCACUGCACAAUAUUUUGUAUUAGGAAGUCAUAAGUUUAUGACUUCCCUGCUUGUUUCAUAAGGUGCUUUAUUUUCAGUUUUGUAUUUAAGGCAUUUUUUUUUUAAAUUAACCUUUAUAAUCCAUACAGCAUUGUAUCUUAAACAAAAUAACUUUUAGUUUUGUAUGAGCUUUGAAAACGUGUAUGGGAAGUGAGCUGUGUACAGAUGCCUGAUAAUACUUUGUUAAUGUUCUGCAAAUCACAAAUUUUGCUUAUUUUAAGGUUUACUUUUGUUAUUUUUUCCAUUUUCUUAAAUCUGUAAAGAAUAUGGACUAAGACUACCGCAUUUCUUGAAUGAAUAACUUUAAUAGACAGCCUAUAAGACUUAACAUAGUGAAUCGUAGUUGUUUCGUAAUAAGUAAGUGAUAGGUGUUACGCGCAACACAUAUAAGAGGCUGCCAGUCAUUUAUGUGUUUUCUAAAUGCAGAGAUACAACAAUCUUACCAUUACAUUUUUUUAGUUACUCGAACAUUAAUACAAUUUCACAUUUAUAAAAUAUUAACUGUUUUUAAGUUUAAAAAUAUGGAAAAUGUAAUUACUGUUAAGAAUAAUGAUUUUACAACUUUUUUUCAUUCCAUUAAGGCCAUGUGUUUUCUCUCUUGAUAUAUUAGGUUUCAAGUAAAUAAUUUUGUUCUCUGCAUUUUGAAAAAUCAUAAAUUUUUAGUAUCUACAAUUAUUAGUUAGAGUAUUGCCAAAGGAUUUUGUAAAUAUUUAAUAGCACUAAAUUAAAUAUAAUCCUUAUAAUGCCAAGUUUACGAUCCAGAUUAGUCAAUUUAUUCGUGUUGUCUUUUGUAAAGUCUGAUUAUUUCUAACUAAGCUUAAAUUACCAAUAUUGUUGAUAUAUCCCUGUAGUUUCAUUUUGUUGAAUAUUACCACUGUACAAUACCCUUAGAAUAUUGUAAUAAAAAGUAUUUAUGGAA